AUGAACAAACCAGAUAACGUCCGCCACCCGCACGUCGCCGCGCGAGGCGGCGAUCUGCCGCGCCUGCUCCGGAGCAGAAGCGGGAACACCGCAGGUAACACGCACUCCAAGAAGGCUUCGAAAAUUUCCGAAGCAUCCGAAAAGGAUGAGAGAAGCUCGAAAACGAAAAUCGUCUCGACGAAAAAGGCCGGCCGAAACUUAGGCGGCGGGUCGUAUUUGCCUCGAAGCACGAGCAAAUUGGAAAUGCCGAAGAGAUCGAGGUCGGCCUCAACUUCUCCAUCCGCGUGGGCGUUGUCCCCUGGGAGGCCGAUGUCGUCGCCAGUGCCGCCGCCGCCGCCGGUGACGAGAACUCCGGCGAGUUCGGGGAAGAGGGAAGGGAAAGGCGGGGCGGUGAGCAGUGUUUUCAGGUUCUUCAGGCAGAACAAAGUGUCGCCUGCGUUGGAAGGAGAGUACCACCGGUACUCCGUGGCGUACAACAGGCUGCUGCAGUGGAGAUUCGCCAAUGCUCGGGCGGCGGCAGCGAUGGCCGCCGUUAAGGGAGUAGCUCAGAAAAAGCUUAUGAACGUGUGGGUGAGAAUUUCGAUAAUAAGAAACUUAAUGGUGAAGGAGAAAGCCAUGAUCCAAACACUGAAACACCAAAUGAAGGUGUACAAUAUUCUGAACUCGGAACUGAGUCUGCUCAACGAGUGGGGCAAGCUCGAGCCCAAGAACUCGGAAGCCGUUGGGAGGAUGGUCAGAAAAUUAUCGGCCAUUUCACUUUGUCUCCCACUCGUCCAAAAUGCUGAGGCAGAUAUAACGUCUGUCAAGUACACCAUAUCAACGGCAACAGAGGUCAUGGACAAUAUAAAAGCAAUGAUUCUGGACAUGCAUUGGCAGGUCGAGAGAAAAUGUUUUCUACUGACGGAACUAUCAGUCAUGGUAAAGCAGCAGAAGCAUUAUUUCCAAGAGUUGGAAAAAGAGGUCACGUUGGUGUCAUACUUAGCGGCUCAAGAGAAAAGUUUGAGAGCCCAUCACAUUCAACUGCACAAGGAGUUGAUUGAGGUUUGA